CAUUUUGUGUAUCUAUUAUCUGUCGCUCGAUCGUCGUCGUGUAUCAUUUCUCUGCUCUACCAACAUACCCACGCUGCUGCUCUUGAAAUUGAUUGCUUUUACUAGACAGUAAUUUGACGCCUAAGCAUCCAAUUCUUCCUGCAAAUUUAGACAGACAUGUAGCAAGCCGAGUUUAUUUUUACCAGCACUGCACGAGUGCAUCUUCAAACAGCAGCAAGAUGUCAAAUUUCAAGAAGCACUUUGGUCAAACCAACAGUCGAAAUGAGGUCAGCAUUGGGCAUGAGAGCAAGUCUCGUUUCCAUUGCAGUCUGCCGAACAGUUACAAGGCUCAUCUAGAGGAAGUGCAGCACCACAGCAUGGCCUGCCUGCAGGCUAUGAGGGGCCUAUGCCAGUCAGCCAAUGAUAUGGCAGAGGGCUUCACCACACUUUUUCAAGACACUCCGUUCUGUGAAGUCGCUACCAACCUCCAGCACAUCUCACAGGAGUUAGCCAGUACAACUGGAGAGGUCUGCCAACAUGUGAAUGAUAAUGUGAACUUGCAGACUUCAAGGUUGAUCAAUCGUGGCUUGAAGGAGAAGACAGAUGAAAGUAUGCAGGUGAUGGCACAUUGCUUCCUGCUGAUGCUUCAGACACAGUGCCAGUUCUUCAACUCAGCCUCGCAAAUAUUUGAGCCGCUGGUUCGGUACCAAAGUUUGGAGGAUUUCUUCAUUGGAGACGACAGAGAUGAGAUACUCAAGGAAGCUUGCUCCUCGUGGCUUAGUAUGUCUCAGAUGACUAAGACAUUGAGAAGAGGGGAUGCAAUUCCAAUUGGAGAUCUUGUAAACCUCAGCAAAUCUCAGAAUGCCACAGAUCCCAACAUGGCAGAAAUUAAGCAACGAUUAGAUGCACUUGUACUAACGUACAAGUAUGAGUUUGUUCUAUUACCAAAGACUGAUUUUACCAUGAUAGGUGGGUUCCACCUACACCCACAAUGCUCAGCAUUGGUGCUUAAUGGAUGUUGUCAUGAAAACCACAUUCAGAGCCUUUUGAAUCAAUCACAAUCUGUGUUAGAAGAGAUGGUUAGGUAUAUGCCAAAGAACCAAUCAGAAAUGCCUAACCAAGAGGAGUUGGCAAAAAGACUGAAAGCAAACUUGCAUGAUGUCACGAUUCAAGUGGAAGGUGAAGUGUGCAAACAGAAACCAAGCAAAGAAAAUAAUUUUCAGAAAAUAGUGGAUUUGAUAGCAAAAUUAGUUAGCAAAGUGGUCAAGCAAAAUGGACUUACGCUGGAUGUGAGACUACUGGCCUAUAGAUUCCUGGCUGAGAUGUGUCCGCAGUCAACGCACACUCAGAGUCAAAUUGCAACGCAUAUUCUUUUUGGCAGGUCCAAUCUUGAUUUGAUAGCAAAAUUAGUUAGCAAAGUGGUCAAGCAAAAUGGACUUACGCUGGAUGUGAGACUACUGGCCUAUAGAUUCCUGGCUGAGAUGUGUCCGCAGUCAACGCACACUCAGAGUCAAAUUGCAACGCAUAUUCUUUUUGGCAGGUCCAAUCUUGUUUCAAUAGAACAAGUACAAAUUGAAAAUGGUUUCCAUAACUACGUGCAAGUGUCUUCCCAUGGUCCUUUGCUUAUCAUCGAGGUACCAACAGUCUGGUCAUUAAACCUAAUUAUUCCAAGUCAAUCACACCAUGCAGUGGCAGGUGGCAAGUCUAUUUUGGGAAAGAUAGAGGUUGUAUACACUGUAAAGUUUGAUGUUGUCAAGUGGAACGAUGGAAAAAAGCAGUUACUUCCAACCAUACAAGUCAAGCUGUGUAAGGAGCUUAAUGAAAAUGAACAGCAGGUGGUAACACGACAGAAUCAGUACCCCAGCUCACAAGCAGAGUCACCGAUUAGCGGUCUCAGAAAGAUGUUCGGCAAACUAAACUCGAAGUUCCACAAGAAGGGCUCCUCCUCAAGUAAGAACAGCAAUUUCUACGUGAAAAGUAGUCGUCAGGGACAAGACACAUCAGCACAGAACACAGUGUAUCCUGCCAAACCAGCACUCACUACUGACCAGCGUCAUGAUGGACAAGUGAAAGUAUUAGUGAGCCCUGUAGUUACCAUAACCUCCUCAGAUAAUACUGACACGUCCAGUAAUACAGCCUGGCCAAAUGAAGGUGGAGAAAAAACAAAAGGAUUUGCUACAGAUACAGAAGUACAGAACAUUGUCGAUCUGUUAUCAGGUGGACACAAGUCUCCAGCCAAGCAAUGCCAACAUCCAAAGGUACACCCGGAAACGCUCAUUGUAAUAGCCAACCCAGAAAGCCAGGAGCGUCACACCUCUGGAUGGGGCACGCAACAGAUGAAAAAUGCGCCAAAAUACGGUAAUUUUAACCCUCACUAUCAGGAAGAGGACUACUCAGACAAGAGGUGGGCGAAUUCUGGUAUUUACGUCACCCAGCCUUCCAAGAUGCCUAAGGGUGUUGAACACACCGGAGAACAUGCGGAGUUUGCUCAGUAUUUAGCCAACAACUUUUUCAAGAAGCAUGGAUUUACUGAUGAGGGGCAUGCGCUAAGCCUAGCAUCACAGUGGAGUUCUAGUGAAAGAAAGAUGAAUAGAACUUGGCCUUCCGUAGAUCCACCUUGUGGAGAAAAAGCAAAAGGAUUUGCUACAGAUACAGAAGUACAGAACAUUGUAGAUCUGUUAUCAGGUGGACACAAGUCUCCAGCCAAGCAACGCCAACAUCCAAAGGUACACCCGGAAACGCUCAUUGUAAUAGCCAACCCAGAAAGCCAGGAGCGUCACACCUCUGGAUGGGGCACGCAACAGAUGAAAAAUGCGCCAAAAUACGGUAAUUUUAACCCUCACUAUCAGGAAGAGGACUACUCAGACAAGAGGUGGGCGAAUUCUGGUAUUUACGUCAGCCAGCCUUCCAAGAUGCCUAAGGGUGUUGAACACACCGGAGAGCAUGCAGAGUUUGCUCAGUAUUUAGCCAACAACUUUUUCAAAAAGCAUGGAUUUACUGAUGAGGGGCAUGCGCUAAGCCUAGCAUCACAGUGGAGUUCUAGUGAAAGAAAGAUGAAUAGAACUUGGCCUUCCGUAGAUCCACCAGGUGAUGGGUCUGAAGUAAGCCAUAGCUGGCCUAUGGGACAUGACUCAGGUAGUUCUAGUGAUGAAGAUGAAUCAGCCUGUGGUGAUACCUACUCCAUGGGCCUGGGCUUAUCAGGGCCAGGGCUAAUGGCUUCAGUCAACAGAAGGCGGCAUAGUAGUGGUGGAGAGGAGAGUUUACAUAUUCCAGCGGUUUUCAAUGCAAUGGGUGAACCACCUGCUCUGAAAUAUCCCACUGCUCUUCUGGAUGUUCAGUUGGAUCCGAAGUCGGUGCGAACUUGGCCUCCUAAGAACGUCUGGCAACGGCCUUCCUCUCCACAACCACCAAACAACAACCAGUACGUAGUUAAUCAACAGGAGCAGUUGGACGUCCACCGACCCCUACAAGCACAGUGGAGCGAUCCGCUAUCGGUGCGUCACUCAAAUGUCUGGGGACCGGCAACAGGGUCGACCCCUGUCUCACCUGCAUCAUCCUUCACCUCCCUGAAUACACCUCAGGCUCAUGGACAGCGUCCGAAGUCAACAAGUCCCAGGCCCCAUCCACGCUUAGAUAGGAAGUAUGCUUAUAAUGUACAUCAAUUCCAAUCUCGAUAAUAUUGGACUUGCAAGUUAUUGUAAAGUCCUCUUCCAGCAGGAUCAGAGAAACUUGGCUUUGCCAAACAUCUGGUCUCAUUAUACAAAGCAAUAUUAUAAACAUUCAGUUAGCACAAAUGUGUAUGUAUAGUUAUAAAAUUCCAAGUAAAUUAUUAAACGCAUGUACUGUAUGUAGACUUACGAAAUGCAAAAAUCUCUUGAUCUUACAGCAGUAGUAUUAUUAGUAGUAGUAGUUCAUAGGCCUAGGCCUUCUCCCUUGUAAUAUAUGAACUUGGCUCUUACUCAUUCGAGUACCAUUCCUAAGUCAUCCUUCUCGCAGUAGGAUGUCCACACUCAUCAAGGUGAAAGAUGAGGCAUAGGCUGAAAAGUAGAAAUUAAGCUUGCAAAUUGAAAAGAUGACUUUUAAUGAUGCAUUGCCAAUGAUUCUAUCCCUCAUACCUUUAAUAAUAUAAAAAUUUAAGCAAUUGCAAAGAAAUAGAACAAACAUUAAGAUGGAGAUGCAAAAAUGGUAACUGAUGUUAUUCCAAUUUGUUAAUCCUUUUCUCUUCCUUUGUUCUUUCCUCCCUCUUCCUUUGCUUUUCCCUACAUUCCUUUUUUUCUGUUGCCUUAUUUUGUCAGAAAAUGUAUUUCAGCUUAAAAAAAGCAGGUGUGCAUAUCAGUUGGCCUUGUUUUAAUUUUGGUAUCCAGGGACUAAUCUGAUUAGUGCUGAUCCUAUGCCAUAGUUUCAUAGUCUGGCCAAGUAGCUAGGCACUUGCCCUGGGGUUUGGUGUGAACCUACUUCAAAGCAUUGAAUGUAUAUUGAUUUCUCUGGGGUACAUUAAUUGUGCUAAAUAACAUGUCUGGAUGAAAUCUUGACUACCUUAUUCUUGUAUACAUGAUGUAUAAAUUUAUAUGAUGAUUGAGUAUUGUGUUGAUAACAUUCAUAGAAAUACAGUUGAGCUGUAGUGAAAGUGUGGGGGUUUCCAUAUUUGAUUUCCAGGGGGAACUACAGUCACUGCCCUUUUAAUGCAAUUUCAAAGAUUUAAUUUCAAUCUCCAUGCCUGUAAUACAUCAUGAGCCAAGGGCCUCUGAAGUGUUUCUUAUAAGUUAAUAGUUAUCUGACAUAAUGAAUAUAAUACACAGAAUUGAGCUGUCUGCCAAUUUUUUUGCAUAAUUUUUAAGCAAUCACCAGCAAAGUUCGCAUAACGUAUAGCGAAAAACUAUAGUUAUUUAUAAUGAAUAAGAAAUGUAGCUGCAUUAGUCUAAAUUACUGCAAUUUGACAACAGAACUCAGCAUUUUCGGUUUUGUUAUCCAUUUAAGAACUGUUAAAGGAGCUUUUUUCCGAAUCCUUCACUUCCUACCAUAUGCCUACUUACACUCUUUAGUUCUGAGCUGUUAUUGGUCGUAAUAAUUAUAAGAAAUACACUUCUUGGUAUUUUUUUGUUGUAAAUAUUUGCCUUUUUUUAGGACUGUGUUUUUUUGCAGGUAGGGAAUUAAUUAUUUUUGAAAUGUAAAUUAAUAUCUGAUUUAAUACAAGAAAAUUUUAAGAAAAUCAAAUCAAUGAUUUGCAAGUGUGUCUACGAAUCUAAAGAACAUUUUAAUUUUUGUUUCCAUGGAAACUGUAAAUAACUGAAUGUAAGGCUUGCAAAGAUUGUAAGUUUUUUCAAAUUAUAAUAUUAAUAUUAUUCUUAUUUAAAUCCAAAUUUAGGUAUGCGUCACCUGAACUUGUGUAAAUUUCAUCUGAAUUUGUGUACAUGUCAUUUGAUCUUGUGUACAUGUCGUCAAUGCUUGUGUACAUGUCAUCAAUGCUUGUUCACUUGUUCGGUGAAAAAACCUUUGUACAUAUUUGAAAUAUAUUUUGGAAAUUUAACAUCUUUGGUAUCAGUACAUAUCAAACAUAUCCUGUACAAUUGUUUUGUGUUUUUGGUUGUAAAGUAGACAAGUAUUUGUUCUCUUUUCAUUUCUCUCAUUUUAUUUGUAAUGCUUGUCAAUUUUAUAAUAUUAUAAAUUGUUUUUUAUGACCUCAUUCUGAUGACCUUGUGUUUGCAGGCAAACAUGACAUCAUUUUGACUUUCUUUUUUAUACGUAUGUAUUUUGGGAUUUUUAUUGUUUUAUAUCCAAGGGGAAAAUAAUCCUGUAUCAGAAAAGAUCAUUCUUACAUUUAUGUGAAAUUGAAUCACUUUCCUUAUUAUUUCUUUUUUACUUAUUUACUUUUUAAAAAUGGUUCAGAGAGAAAUUUGCAAAUUCUUAAAACCGUAGAAAUGUGGCACAGGGAACAAUAUUUUUUAAUCUGGUGACUUCUUUUUAUAAUGGAUGGAUUGCUUUCUUUAAGGCCACACUAGGAAGAUUCCCCACUUGUUUUCUAUCUCUUGGUGACUGUUAAUCCUGGGUAUUUUAAAAUCAUUUUUCAUCUGCAAACAUUUUCUAUGUAAACUCUUAAUUAACACCAGUACUAUUAGCUUCAGGUUUAAGAUUUUUUGAAAUAAUUUGUUGGUUUGGAAAUUUCCAGCCUAACAUAUUAUAAGCUGCAAUGUUGCAGCUUGGUUACUUUCAUAGUGAAGUAGAUUAAGAUAUUCUGUGCUAAAUUGGUCGUUAAUCGGCACUUUUAAGAAAUCUCAGUUCACCCUAUUUAUUUUAUGUCAGAAGUUUUUGUGAUGUGCCCAUAUAUGGGUAUGGUGAUGUCAUAUCACAUCCAAAUAUAGGCAUAUCACAUUUGUUUGUCACAUGAAAUUUGAUAGUGUGCACAGAGCUUUAAACUUUGGGAUUAAAAAAUAAACAUGCUUAUGAUUAUAAUGAGCAGAGGUAUGAUUAAUGUUAUUUUUUAAAAUUUACAUUUAUUAUCAAUGUAUUUCUUUAUUUUCUUACUAUAUGACAAUUUUAAUUUGAUGCAAACUUUGAAAGUCAAGGUUGUCCAUUCCUUGUUAUGUCACAAAGGGUAUAACUACCAGUGUCAUAUUGAACUUUACCCUAAAAAGAAGAUAGGAAUAAAAUCAAAUUCUGUUAGCUCCUACCUUCCUUUCCAUAUUUGUUUUAUACUUCACACAGUGCUAAUACUAGGGCGCUUUCGAUUGCACGUGGAGGACAUAAUGACGUCACUGAGAAUUUAUCUGUGCAUGCGAGAACUUAAAGUUCUUUUCAUCGCGUAGAUUCUAGACUGCAAUUUGACAAAAUCUACAUUGUGCAGAGAACGUAGGAUGUUCACGCACGAAUGAAUCCGUCUAAGGUCACAUCAUCACGCAAAACCGAAAGCUCCCUAAUUACAAAUUUGUUGUUUUACAAACAAGAACGUCCACCAUUCGUUGAUUGAAACCUUAACUGUUUUGAAACAAAUUAUUUAAAAAAAAGUGUUCUUUAUGAUUUUAAUUAUUUACAACUAUUAUGUCCAAAUAUUUAUAAUGUUCCCCCAGUAUUAUGUUUCUCCACUUUUUUAAUUUAAGAUAUUUAUUAUAAAAUUUACUGUUCUGUUACGUGACUUGUCUAAGCAUAGAUGUAGACGUUCGUGUUACUUUAAAGGUCUCUCCAUCCUUGUAUCAUUGGAAGAAAAGUGAGAAUAAAAGAAAGAAAAAAAAUUUAAGCACUGUAUGCCAAACAA